AUGAACGCGAACAAAAAUCUACCAUCGCGCCAGCCAGCAACAGCGAAAGAAACAAACCAAGUGACGCUGCAAGACCUGGGCUUCAUAAACCCACUGAGAACAGUCAGCAACAAAGCUAAAGAUGACGGCGAGCUCAUAUCGUCCACGACACCGACCGAUGCCAAUAUCGGCUAUGCAAAAGGUCUUGGGGAAAGCAUCGCCGAGGCGAUGUCAACCGCCAUGCAGCAUCCCAUGGUCACUGCCAACUACCGGCUGAAGGAGGAAGUCAGGCGCUCGGCAUCAAGUGAGCUUCUGAAGAUCGAAGAUCUGAGAAUAUAUCAGAGCGCAUGCGCUGCGUACAGAUUGGGAUUGGAAAGAGGCUGGAGCAAGGAGAGGCUGUUGGAGUCGGUUGAAGAGUGGAAGGUGUUUGGGGUGAAUUCAAAGCGCAAGUAAGACGUGCGCUUGGGAGACAUGGCUUGCGAGGCGCCUGAGAAGAGACUGUUAGAUUUGGGUAAUUGAUGCAGACUUUUAACACGCC